AUGUUCUACCCAAUGGAACUUCCGCAGCCCCGAAGGCCACUCUAUAAGGAUUAUGGAGGGAAACCAGGACUCAUCCAGGCGCAGCAGAUCCCCAAGGAUAACUCCCGUUUGGGGAAAAUAUGCCAGUAUUUUCUUCCCUAUCUCAAGGAAUAUGCAGCCGAAUCCUCCGUACAUGGCAUACGGUAUUUGGCCGAGCCCAGGAUGAGGAACUUUCUGCAAAUCAGGCUUAUCUGGCUCCUGAUUAUGGUGAUCACUAGCAUUGGUGCCAUCGUGGUUUAUGUGGACCUGAAUGACUUGUACCAAACAGUGCGUAUCCAGACUACCAUCAAGAACACCAUGCAUCCGAUUUUCCGUGUGCCGUUUCCAUCCAUUGGCCUCUGUCCAAGAAACCGCCUGAAUUGGAGGCUUCUGGAGAACGGGGCAGUUGAGCAUUUCCUGGGUGCAAAUGUGUCUGCAUCCCAAAGGGAACUCUUCAUCAAGUUCUUCACUGCUGCAGGAGAUCCACACUUGGCCCGGAUGAAUGAGAUGUCCAGCUUCUUCAGCAAUCAAACUCUAACUAGUGAUCUCCACAUGCUGGAUCAUCUAAACCUUCGCGACGUCUACAAGUACAUCCAGUUCACCUGCCAGGACCUCUUUCACAUCUGCCGAUGGCGGAGCAAUCCGGUCAACUGCUGCGACAUCUUGGAGUACCAGUUCACGGAGUCGGGCUUGUGCUUUGUCUUCAACGCGGAGAUCAGUGCAGCAUCAAGGAAGAGAGCAAAGGAGGACAAAUACUAUCCCCUUCGCACUCCGCAGUAUGGCGAAGGUUCUGGCCUGGACCUUUUUAUACGGCUGAACAGAUCCCUGAUCCGUCCCGGAAAACGGGGAAUAAAUGUAAUGAUCAAGCAGCCGCAGCAGUGGAGCGAUGUGGUUCGUCAUGUGCCUCAUGAAUCCCACACCAGAGUCAGCAUGGUGCCCCGAUUCACGGUCACGGAUGAACGAACUAGAUCCAUGGCUCCGGGCGUAAGGAAAUGCAUCUUUGCGGAUGAAACCGACAAUCCGCAGUACAAAAACCUGCAGGGAUUUGAAUAUUGGCAGGGAAACUGCCGCAGCAGGUGCCAUCAGGAGCAUGUCCUCGAGCGGUGCAACUGCUCUCCCUCCAUAUUCUUUCCUGUCUCAGAUAAGGAUAACUUUACACUUUGCAAAGCAUCGGACUUUAAGUGUCUUUAUGACAACAGACUUACCUUCAGCAUUGAACGCCAUCCGGAGGAAAAGGAAUAUGUGAAAAACGUGUUUAAGGAAAGCAUGAUCUGCGACUGCUUAACCAGCUGCACUCAACUCAUUUUUGAGCGGGUUUUUACCACAACAACUCUGGAUAACAAUGAAACCGAUACAGAGUCGGGAACAAUGCGCAUUGAUAUUUUCUACCAGUCCGGUUGGUUUAUCCAAUACCAGACCAACAUGAGAUAUACCUUUGUGGAACUACUGGCUAGCUUUGGUGGCAUAAUCGGACUCUUUCUGGGCGCCUCUUUACUGAGUGCCUUUGAACUGGCCUACUACUUCUCCAUAGGCCUGUAUUUGUACAUACUCAACAAGAGAAAAGCGAAAAAGCGGGAAAGUCGCAUACUUACUAUACCAUUUGGACAGAGAAAAAUAACACCAAUAAAGUAUAAACAUUAA